AUGGCCAAUAAACCUUAUAAUAACAACUAUCUGGAAAAUCCAACGCCUAACUAUUACCAUCUGGGGUUGAGAAACCAUGAGAAUCUUUCUUAUGGUAACACUAAAAAUGUGUUACAACCACCUCCUGGGUUUAAUGCACAACAACAAGAAGAGAAGAAGUCCUUAGAAGAAAUUCUAGGUACUUUCAUGAUAGAGACCAACAAGAGAUUUAACAAGAACGAAACAAGGUUGGAUAACAUGGAGACUCACUUGUCUAAUAUUACUGCUUCCAUGAAGAACAUAGAGGUGCAAGUGGGACAACUGGCCAAUGUUGUGAGUGCUUUGCAGAAAAAUAGUAGUUUCCCUGUACUUGAUGGGGGUCUAGAAGACAAGUCAAAUGGUCCUGAGGUUGAAGAUACAAUAGAAGCCAAAGAAGAGACUCCUGAAGAGAAGCCUACUGACAAGUUUAUGAAGAAAGAAGAUCUUCCAUUGUAUAAAUUGUCAAUUCCUUAUUCUCAAAAAUUUAUGAAGAAGAAAUUUGAUGAGGACUUUGCUAAGUUCUUGGAAAUUUUCAGAAAUAUCAACAUCAACAUUUAUUUUAUUGAUGCAUUAGAGCAGAUGCCUAAUUAUGUUAAGUUUAUGAAGGAGGUAUUGGCAAAGAAAAAGAAAUUUGGAGAUUAUGAAACUGUGAGCUUAGCUGAGGAAUGUAGUGCCAUAAUUCAGAAGAAGCUGCUUCAAAAGCUUAAAGAUCCAGGUAGUUUUUUAAUUCCUUGUGAGAUUGGUGGGUUGAGAUUUGAAAAGUCUUUAUGUGAUCUUGGGGCUAGUAUAAAUUUAAUGUCACUUUCGGUAUUCAAAAAGUUGGGUAUUUGUGAAUUUAAGCCGACAAAAAUUUCAUUACAAUUGGCGGAUCGAUCAUUCACUUAUCCAAGGAGAAUAAUAGAAGAUGUGCUAAUUAAAGUGGGUAAGUUAGUAUUUCCAACUGAAUUGGUAGUACUAGACAUGGAAGAAGACAAGGACAUACCAUUGAUCCUUAAGCGCCCUUUCUUAGCAACUGGUGGUGUGUUUAUAGAUGUUCAAAGAGGUCACCUAACCUUGAGUGCUAAUGAUGAAGAAAUCAAGUUUGACAUUUAUAAGUCUUUUAAUCAAUCCAAUACCGAGAAUACAUGCAAUAUGAUUGAGUCUUGUAACUCCAAUGAAGUUAAUCGAGAGACUAAAGAAGCCUCGAGAUAA